UUCCCAACCAAUCAAUUAUUUAUCUUAUAAAUACUAGGCAAAUCAGGAUCCAAAUAACACCACCUGUUCCUCAGUUGCUCAAAUUUCUUACCUUCUCAAUUCCUCCAGAAUCAUGGCUGCCAUCAAGGUCCACGGAAGCGUUUUUUCGACCCCUACAAUUCGAGUUUUUGCUACUCUUUAUGAGAAAGACAUCGAGUUCGAGUUUGUUCCGAUCGACAUGGGAGCUGGUGAACACAAAAAGGAGCCAUUCAUUUCCCUGAAUCCAUUUGGUCAAAUUCCAGCUUUCGAAGACGGAGAUCUCAAGCUCUUUGAAUCAAGGGCAAUUACACAAUACCUUGCCCACGAGUAUGCUGACAAGGGAACCCCGCUGGUGAUCCGAGACUCGAAGAAGAUGGCAAUUAUAUCAUUGUGGUCGGAGGUGGAGGGCCAAAAGUUCGACCCGGUGGCCUCAAAACUGGCCUUUGAGCUAGCUAUAAAGCCUCUAUUUAAAAUGACCACAGACGCGGCAGUUGUGGAGGAAAAUGAAGCCAAGUUGGCUGCUGUUCUUGAUGUAUAUGAGACUCGUCUGGCUCAGUCGAAAUACUUGGCAGGUGAAAGCUUCACUUUGGCUGAUCUUCACCACCUUCCCACUAUACAUUACUUGAUGGGGACACAAUCGAAGAAGCUGUUCGAAUCCCGCCCCCAUGUUAGCGAAUGGGUAGCGGAUAUCACAGCAAGGCCAGCUUGGAACAAAGUCAUUGCCCUGCGAAACAAGUACUAAAGAUUGCUGCUGCUGCUGCUUCUUACUCAUUAGAGUCAUUGAUCUACAAUAAUAACGUCUGUUAUCAAUCAAACAUUCGUUUGAUUUUCUGUUUCCCCGAAGUAGUUGGAGGACGAGACUCUGCUACUGCUGCUGUUGUAUUUCUGAGGUUGUUCUUCCAUUGUCAUUACGAAGGUUGAUGUCUUUUGGUGUUUGAAGUUUGUGUUCCACCAAACCAGUCAUUUGUGUUAGAAAUAUAUGGUUAUAUAAUUAAAAUACAAA